AGAACCAGAGUGGGCUCUGAAAAGGUAAGCAAAACCAAUCAAAUCCUCCAUGGCUUCCUUAUCAAUGGCUACCAUUUUACCCCGUCUAUCUCGUUUGGGGUUUGCGUCGAGAUUUUCUUUAAACCCAUUGUUUAUGCUCCCCAAAAGUAGUAGAAUCGAGAGAUUGAAUCGAUUGAGACCCUUUUCGAUGGCUUCGGUUCCUAAAGAAUCUCCCGCAAACAAUCCGGGACUUCACGCAACCCCCGACGAUGCCACUAAAGGUUACAUCAUGCAACAGACUAUGUUCCGGAUUAAGGAUCCUAAAGCCAGUCUUGACUUCUAUUCUCGAGUUCUGGGCAUGUCAUUACUCAAGAGGCUGGAUUUUCCUGAAAUGAAGUUUAGCUUAUACUUCUUGGGUUAUGAGGAUGUUGCUUCUGCCCCAGACAACGCAGUUGAUAGAACGGUCUGGACUUUUGGUCGGAAGGCUACAAUUGAGUUAACACACAACUGGGGUACUGAAAGUGACCCUGAAUUUAAAGGAUAUCAUAAUGGGAACUCGGAUCCUCGUGGCUUUGGACACAUUGGUAUAACUGUUGAUGACACGUAUAAGGCGUGCGAGAGAUUUGAACGCCUAGGAGUGGAAUUUGUUAAAAAACCAGAUGACGGCAAGAUGAAAGGUAUUGCAUUUAUAAAGGAUCCUGAUGGCUACUGGAUUGAAAUCUUCGACCUCAAACUCAUCGGAAACGUGACUACUAAUGCUGCUUGAGAUCAUAUGAACAAGUUUACGGGACUGUUUUCUUCGAUGCAGUACGAUCUAUGGUUGACGUGUUUCGUUUCUGGUUUCUGGUUUCUCGGUCGGGCAAACUUUAGUCACAUUCUUGCCCUGUUGGAAAGAAUAUACUGAACUUUGAUCUAUAUGUUUACAUGAACUGGUAUUUGUUCUAAAGCAAAUUCUGAGGCUUUUAUUCUCACCUUUUGAUUCCAAUAUGUU